CCGUCUGACUUUUCAUAAUGGCACGUAACAAUGCAGAAGAUGAGUUUUCCGUCAAUGUCUUAUCAGUUCCUCCAUAUACAAACAGCCAACCUGAAGCGUGGGCCUCUACUAGAAAUAAAGCCGGGCCAACUUUACUGUUUUCUGGAAUUUUUAUUGGAAUGGUUGGUAUCACUCUAACUUUAUUUGGAUGGAUUCGAUCUGAUGGGAACAAAGGGUUUCGAUGGACUCAUCUUGUGGGUCCUAUUCUGAUCAUAGUUUCUUUGACCUUUAUAUUGAUUUCUGCAUGCAAAUUUAAGAUGCUUUCUUGUAAGAGAAGGAACGAUACAGCUACUGAACCAGAACCAUCUACUGCUGGACAGUCCUUUGUCUUCAACGGAAUAAAUCAGCCAAUAACUUUCCAUGGAGCCACUGUGGUACAGUAUAUUCCUCCCCCCUACACUGCGUAUGAUCCUAUAGCGAGCAGCCCGAGUGCGUCAACGCUAUCCCCAAGUAAUAGUAGUGCUGGAAUGGUUAACAGGGUAGCACCACCAAUACUUCCCCCUCAGUAUAGUAGUAUCUACCCACUGGAAAAUCCAGCCUUUGUAGAAGAUGAAGAAGCUUUGCCACCUCCAGCCCAUGAGAGAUCCCCGGUCUCCAGUCAGCAUCAUGAAAUCCACAGUGAACUACCACCGUUAUAUGAUGACUUGUAUCCUGGCCUGAACAGUGUUGUCCAUAAUGCGAGUCCUUCUUCAUAACUCGGCUGAAUGUAUCUCUUCCUAAUUUAAAUUUGCACACGGAGUGAAACACCUGGGAAAUAUACUGGACGUGUCUGUCCACCGCGACCUGUGACUGCUGUGAUUGAUGUUUUCUCCAGUGGAAGGUCCAGCAUCCAUUUUUCAAGAGCACUGUACGAAGUGAACUCUGUGCUGGGCAAUAAAGACUUUUUUUUCCUCCAUGCAGCUUCAUAAAUCCCCCAGUGAACCGGAAGAAGAGUUCAGUGUAUGUCAUUAUGUGGUAUUUUAAAAGAUGAAGUUUACAUUAAGUGGCUGGUGUUGCUUGUGCAGCGCAGUCUGUGAUAUAAUUGCUGCUUUCCCCUAUGUCUUUGCUGUACGUAUGCAUUUCAGUACUGUCCGUCAUAGACAUGAGACGUCUGACCUGCUGACCUGCUGACCGUCCCCUGACUUCUUUCGUCAAAGGAAACAUGGAGCAGACAGGUUAGGCUUUUACCUGUGUGAUGUCCUGCAACCAGGGGCCGACUGGGAACUUACAGUGGCCCUGGAAAAAACUAAAAUAGCCUCAUGUUGUAGGCGGGUCCAAAUUGACAGAAGGCAGGGCUAACACAAGUAGGCGGAAGUUUCUGAAAAAUCUGAUCAUCGCUCUGUAAUGAAGUGGUUAAAUGGUUAAUAACAUGGAGAACCACUUACAGUAUAAUUUUAGUGCUCAUCUGCAUCUAUUACUGUCAUUGCAAGAGAAUCCCCAAUUUCUCAGCAGCUGACCCAAAAGCAGAAUGUAGACUUCCAUAAACUGUAUGUUUCCCUAGACACAUGAAUUUACACUGAUGUAUUUUAUUCACUGAAAGGAUGCCAGAGAGAUUGCUCGCCUUUUUUCUAUAGAGCAUGUUUUUUUUUUAUAGCUUUGCUUUAACAGCAUUUUUAUUUUAAACCACCAUAUUGACAAAAAUGGCAGUAGCCUAAAAACACUUGUGUGUCCUGUGUUUCAGAUUUCCCAUAGGCUUUCAGCUAAUAUCUGGAGCUAGCAAUUUUGCAACGAAAAAAUGCACCAAAUAAAUUGAAGUGCAACAGUUGUGAGACUUGCAGGGUAAGGGCUCAUGCACACUAACUUAUUUUUUGUCCGCAUCCGAUCUGCAUUUUUUGCGGAUCGGAUGCGGACCCAUUCACUUCAAGAAGCGGACAGCACAUGCAGUGGCCGGGAUUGGGGUGGCCACAACGCUACUCUGGGUCCCCUGGACACCGUUGAGGUGUCACCACGUGUUGCUGCUCUCUCGGAAGGGAUGGUAAGGCGUGGUGCACCCCAAUGGGAAAUAAGUCCAGAACUUACGGCGCGUCGAACCCCCAGGCAUAAUCGCUCAGGAACCGGGGUGUGAUGGCUGCUCUGCCGAGCAGGCACCCAUGUUAGUCAGGGUCUGCAGUAAACCAGGGCGAAUUCAGGUACAAAACAAUACAGGCGAGGCGUUGGGAGGACUUCUCCAGUCUCCUCCCUGGCAGAAGAAGGGUUUGAUGCUGAGGAAAGGCCAGAGCUAGCUGUCUCUCUCGCUGUUCAAAAGGCUGGUACCCUGGUCCAAGGCUGGUGAUCCAGGGUCUGUGGCAGCGUAUCCCCAUCUCAGCGUCUUCUUCUGGUCACUCAGUAGUACGGCGCAGUGGGACGUGACUUACCGUACUAUUACUGCGCGUCGAACCCCCGGGCAUAAUCGCUCAGGAACCGGGGUGUGAUGGCUGCUCUGCCGAGCAGGCACCCAUGUUAGCAAAGGGCUGCGGGAGGUAUUUCCGCCCCCCCCCUGCAACCCCAAUUGCUGCUAUUGGCCGGAAUUCACAGGCAUGCGCAUCUGGCUGUGAUAUGGAGCUACGGGGGGACGGGUGUCAUCUGGAGGUGACCGGUGCUGAACAAGUCAGCACCUGUCUGCUCCUAGGUCAGGCAGGGGACACCAGUGUUUUGGGUCCCCUGCCAGCUCUGCUAUUGGCUGGAACAACGCUCCAGCCAAUGGCAGCGCUAUAGCUGCACAGGAAGAGGCAGAACUUCCCUGCAUGCAGCCAUUCUAGCUGGUGACUGUGUGCAGAGAGGUUCUGUGUCUUUCUGUGCUGUUGUUGGCUUGCUGGGACUUGUCAUGCACCGCCACUGCGGUUUAACCCUUUCCCGCUGAAAGAAGAAGAAAAGAACAGAAGAAGACCAUCUGGAAUAGCUGCACAGAUAAUUUUUUUUCAUUUGCAGCUGUUCUAGAUCCCUAUACCAACCUCCAUCCCGGUCCUUUUUUUUUUUUUUUUUUUGUUUACAUUUUUUUUGUGUGAAAAAAGAGCUUUAGUUAGAGGUAGUUAGUCAUACAUAUUGUAGGAAGGAACAAGGGGCCAUCAUUGAUGGUCGGUACGUGUCACCGAGGUUCCUGGUCUCAGUGAGGUAAGAGCCGUUUAUUUUUCCUGACGUGUCAUUAUUGCAGAUUGCAGUCUGACACUUCAGCUGUUUAGUAUGGCUGUAAAGCUGAUCCAGGACGGCUCUUACUGGGAGUAGCCGAAGUGUUGGGUGGGUGGCUACUCCCCACGUUCCAGGCCGGGU